GGAUCAGCUUUUCCUGUCAAUUAUGCAAGCAGAAUCGUGCAAAAGCAGUGUUUUCUUCCCAACUCCAACUUGAUGGGAGCACGACUGGCUGGGUCCCAUGUUGAUACACUGGAGCCUAAGACUAAUCCUUUAGUAUCUCUUUCAGAUGAGCCAGAAACACUGUAUAAGAGAUUGUCCCUUCUAGUUAAAGGCCACGAUAAAGCUGUAUUGGACAGCUAUGAAUAUUUUGCAGUGCUUGCAGCUAAAGAACUUGGCAUCUCUGUUGAAAAGGUACAUAAACCUCCAAAGACGAUAGAACGAUUGACACUCUUAAAAUCUGUACACAUUUACAAGAAACACAGAGUUCAGUAUGAAAUGAGAACACAUUACAUUGGGAUGGAGUUAAAAUACCUGACAAGCAGUACUGCUGCAGUUUACUUGGAGUAUGUUCAGCGAAACUUACCUGAAGGGGUUGCCAUGGAAGUAAAAAAGACUAAGAUAGAGAAAAUACCUGAACACAUUCAGGAACCAGUUUGGGAUACAGUACCUCAAGUAGAAGAAACUGAAGUCAAAUCGUGA